GAAAUGCCCAAUUGGAUAUUUUCUUUCAGAUAAAAUGUCAUCGAAAAAACAGGCAGAACUUGUCACAAUAGCACUUCAAAUGGCUGCAGAAGCAGGACUGCGUGUUUGGUCAAUCACCACAGAUGGCACAGCAGUAAACAUUAGUACAUUUCGAGAAUUGGGCUAUGACUUUACCACAUCCUUUGAUUCUAUGGUGACGAAGUUCAAGCACCCAACAGAAAAUUACUAUGUUUAUGUUAUACUCGACCCUUGCCACAUGUUAAAGCUCGCCAGGAAUGCUUUAGGUUCGCUCAAAUCAUUUGUUGAUGAAGAUGAUAAUUUAAUCCAAUGGAACUUUUUCCAAUCUUUAGACAAAAUGCAAGAAAGCGAGGGAUUUACGCUGGGUAACAGGUUAUCGAAACAGCAUAUCCAAUUUCAAAAACACAAGAUGAAUGUGCGUCUGGCAGCACAAACACUGAGUUCCUCUGUUGCGGACGCCAUCGAAUUUUUGAAUGUAUCAAUGAAAUUAAAUCAAUUCCAAAAUUCAGAUGGUACAGUAAAGUUUAUCAGAAUGAUUGACCGACUCUUCGACAUGCUUAAUUCGCGAAAUCCGUGGGGGAAAGGGUAUAAAAACCUCUUCGUCCAGCAUCCAAGGAUACUUGGGAAGAAAUCCUACGAUCAACAACAUCGUACUUGCUUGGCCUCAAGACCAAUACCGAUGUUAAGCAACCGCUGUCAAAACAUCCACGCAAAACAUUUGUGAUUGGUUUUGUUGCAUCAAUUAAGUCAACAGUCGAAAUGGCAAACGAAAUGUUCACAAGUACUAUCAAUCCAUUCAAGUAUUUACUGACAUACAAAUACUCGCAAGAUCACAUUGAACUAUUGUUUUCCUGCAUUCGAGCAAGAGGUGGUUGGAACAACAAUCCAAACUGCUUGCAAUUUAAAUACGCCAUGCGAAAGAUGUUGCUCAGGAACGCUAUAACAGCUUCCAAAAAUGCAAAUUGCCAAAGUUUUCCAGGUGUUGCAUCUCAUAGCAUAAUACCAUUUUUCCAUACAAGGAAGCACAAAGCACCACUAAAUAAUCUGGUCGAAACAGAUGCAAAUACCACAGGCAAAGUCUACAGUGCACCACAGGGGAAUACACCAGAAGAGAUCAUGAUGCUCGAACAUUUAAAUACAACAACAACAUCAGAGUUUCUGGCCAAUGUCCUCUUUUUACAUUGGACGUUUUAUUGUAUCCAAACUUGUUCAAGAGCUUGA